GAUCGAAUGACUUACCUUAUCGCUUCCUCCAACCCCCAACUGCCGCUACUAAUACAACUCAUUUUUAAGGUCUCCGAUUCCCCACCGCCGGUUCAAAUUCACGGCAGCCGCCGGCAAACCAAUUCACUUCUUCUGAUCCAAAUCCUCGUCCUUUUGCUUCUGAAUCAUGGCGACAUCGGACGAUGAAAACGACAGCUUGGCCCAAUUCUUGGAAUCCGAGGUCCUCUCUGAACUCUCCGAUCAGGAAGAAGCAGAGGGUCCGAAGGAGCUUCAUGGUAAUGAUGAGGUAGAGGCCGAAACGCAGCCUAAAGCGAAGAGAAUUCGGGUCGAUGAGGGCGAAGAUAACAUUCGCAAAGAGAAAGGGAAGGAGCGAGCGGACGAAGAAAAUGGGGAUAGACGGAGGAUUAUCAGGUCCAGAAGGAUAGAGAGCGGGAUAUUCAGCGUAGUUCCUCCCGAGCUAUUCCCUCACAUCCUCAAAUUUCUUUCUUCUGAGGAUCUUGUAUCUUGCUCGCGGGUUUGUAGAUUCAUGAAUCUCGCUGCCUCUGAUGAGUCCUUGUGGCGUCGCUUGUACUGCAUGCGUUGGGGUAUAUUGCCUCCCACCAAGAACUUAUCUCAGCGUGCAUGGAAGAAGCUUUAUAUUCAGCGUGAUGAAGAGGACAUUGUAAAUCUGCUUAGUAACUGCCCACCUGAGUUCAAACGAUACUAUGUCCAAAUGCAGGCAGCAAAGAGAAGCCAAACACCAAAUCCUUCACAGUGUGGGACUGGUGUAGCAUCGAUACAUGCUACUUCCUUGGAGGUGGCUGGGACUUCUUCUUCCUGGGUGCUUAAGGUUAUGGCUAUUUAUUUGUUGAAGGUGAAAGAUGACCGGAUAAUACUUGACAAGACAGUUGCUGAUCAGAUAUCUAUAUGGAAAACCACGCGAGGCUUGACUGACGAUGUGGCCAUGGACCAUAGGUGCUCAGGCAAUACAUGUUCUUACUACCAGAUAGGGGAUGUGUUUGUAUGUGAGAAGACUGGAAAUGUUCAUGUGUGUGACGAAACCUGCAGAGAAGUCAUUACUGACCCUUCAAAUGAGCUUUUGGUCUGUACAAUAUCUGGACGUUGUUCCGAUAUGCUGCUGUUACCAUCUGAAAUGGAGCCGGAGCCCGACCAGCAGCAAUUUGGCGGGAUGGAUGAAGCGGAACCUUUCAUGGGAUCUGGACGUUUUGCAAGGGCGUACAUGCUCGGAUACAACUGCGAGAAUGAGGAGGAGCUUGAGGCUACAUUAAGAUUCUGCUGAUCGAAAGAACCAUCAUGAUCACAAAUUCUCAUAAUCGUCACUGGAGCAUCCUGCUGUGGAGAAUCGCAGCGGGUCCCCUUUGAAUGCUCGGGAUGUUGUACUCUCAUUUCAAAUUGUGAUGAUGAUGCCUGGAAAAUGGGGAAGCUGUGCUUAUUCGAGCGGGAUGUUCCUUCUUUGUGCCAGAGAUGGUGUUGCUGGUUAAUAGCAGUUUGGGUGGGUCGGGGUCGGGGGUUUGGGUCUUCUCAAUCUUUGGUAACCAGCUAUAUGUUAAGGUUUGGCUAUAAUAAUGGAGACCCCAUGUAACCAUGUUGAUGAUGGAUGUCUUCUUUCUUGCUUGUAUUAUUGAGGGGUUCGUUGUUCCUUUAAGAGUUUCCAUGCAGAGAAUCUAUCAGGAAGAGCUUCGUCAUUAAAAUGGUCACUACUCG